CCUGUUUUCACUGUUGCCUUGCCCUGACGCAUGAUCUGGUUGCUUGGCAACUAGAGCCCGAAGUAAACAACAGAAGGGACCGAAGUAAACAACAGAAGGGACCGUACUGAACUCAAAUACUGAAAAGACAAUGCGUCGUUCAGCAGUGAAAUCACGGGCAGAAAAAAGCCGCUCCGAUUCUGGUCCCUUUAAUGCAGCUCCGCCUCCGCCCUCAGUCCGGCCUGUUGAGACUGUAGAUACUGUCCCGCUACGCAUCACCGAGCCCAACUGGACAAACAUUAUCACAGAGGAGGAGGAUGAUGAGCUGGUGGUGGACAUCAUAGAAGAACUGAUGGAAGUUGUGAUGGACAGAUGCUGUCAGAUGGAUCUGCAGAGACAGUUGAUACCUUUCUCAGUUUGCUGGGCGCGCAACAACCUGGUACAGACGCUUGAAUGUCUUUUCCUUAUGAGAGAUGAGGGGGAUGAUCCAGAACGAGAACAGUUUUGGAAAGAGGACCCAGAACCUCAGCCUUGUGCUAUCGAUUCGUGGGCUGAGGGAUGCGUGCCUGUGGUGCAUGCUGCUCAGAAUAACAGAUAGCUUUAUGUCGGGUUUAUGACGCCCACCUUGGGCGGUAAAUGGAAAUUAAGCACUACACCCACAAUUCUGUUGUUUAAGUUAGAGGUUAUCUUUAAAUGCCAUUGUCUUUCUGGAGAGAUAGGACUGUUCUUGUGAAAUAAAUAUAUAAACAAACCCUACUUAUCUUAACUUCAGUAGGUUAUACACUCUUUAUACUUUGUUUUAACAGUAGGACUACAUAUUGUCUUUAAAGAACUACACAAUCGUCUACCAUCUAGCUCCAGACCAAUGGAAUGACGCUGCCAAUUUAGUCACAAAGCCUUAAGAAUAAACUGACCUCAUUAUUUUUUUAAUAAUUAUGUAUAUUUUAACAUUACAUGCAUGCAUUUAUAAUUUAUUUUGUGGUCUGUAUAUAUAUAUUUUUUCAAAUUUAUUCUAGCAAUUCACACUUUCGGCCACAAAGUGUCACUGUUUGAUCAGGGAAAUGGGAACAUGAACAUGCUUCUUGUUCAUUUCUUUACCCCAUGAAAGUAUUGACAAAGAUAAGAGGUAUGUCAUGGAUUUCCUAAAUUUGACUCAGCUUAAUGUGCUUGUUUCUUAAUAGUUUUACUAACCAAUUAUCAUUUAAAUUUAAAAAGCUGAACUAGACAAUCUCAAGUUUUUUUUCUCACAUAUAGCUCAUUUUAUAUUUAGUCUGGAUGACAUGCAAAUGUCUAAAAACGAUCUUUCAGACAUGACACAACACUUGUGGUGUGUUUAGCCUUAAAACUUUGUGCUUCUUAUUUUUUUUCGAGCUCUGUGAUUUUAGCUUGAGCUUACCAUCUCGUUGGCAUGUUGAUUGACACGUGACCCUCUGUUUGUCUCAUCAUACAUAUUUAUGAAUAUUUUCUCAGUUGUCUUUUAGAUAUCAACUGUCUGCCUCCUGAUGCCGUUGGUGCACCAAACACCAAAACCUAAGGCAGUUUCAUAAAUGUUUUUAUGAAUUUAAAAAAACGUUGCCUUUCAAAUUUAUUCCUCUAUAAAGUUCAGUUAUUUGGUUCACAUCCACACACACAGAAGGGUGUAAGAGCAUGUUUUUUGUGUUUCUAUGAGAGGCGUUCCAGAAGUUUGACAGUUCAGUUGACGCACAAGCAAUGAAAUGCGUGAUAGGGUGGGCACAAGGGAAUAUGUUCAACUAUUUUACCACCGUUUAAAUUCUUAAAGACAUUUUAAUGAAUAAAAUGUGACAUCUUUCAUAUCAACCAUGAAGUGUUGUGCUUAACAGAAAGCUUUAAUUGCUAAAACAUUUUUUUCGUCUGACAACCAGAAACCCGAUCAUUUAGACCUGUGACCUGUUUUUGAGUUCAUGACCCACUGGCAGUACAGGGCAGUGCGAAGGUUUACAUUUAAGGAUUGAUAAAUUCCUUUCAAUGUCUGCUUGACUGAAUGGCUACUGUCGUGAUUGUCAUAGAUUCUUUCAGAAUACCAUUGUUGGGGGUCUGGGAUGCUGGGUGUUUGAUUGACAUUAGAACUGUUUGGGAAUCCACGAUGCUGAAAGGGCACGUCGUUCUGGAAUUCCAAAUGUCAAGCGCCUCUCUGUAGUUUGAGCAGUGGGUGGGGACCAGACAAGCAGUUUCUCAUUGACAGUUUAUGUCACCAACUAUAUUUACUUCAAAUCUCUGAGAGAUUAAAUUUUUAUUAUGCACAGCCGUACAUGAAAGAAAUGAAAUGAUUCUGACAAAUGGUGGUCGCAAAAGAUUUACAGCACAGAUUAAAUGGCAAGCCUAUUUUCAACUACAGUUUGUGGUUAAAGUUUUUUUCAUACAAACAAAAGUAUAUGAUAAAUGGCUUUUUGGCUAACCCAGGAGAAUACAGAUCAGAAUGUUCUCAGUUUUUUCACCUGAACUAACAGCUGUGUACACAAUAAUAAACAUUCAGAUUAAUAACUUUAUCUUUAAUGUGUACACAUACAGACUAUUACUACUCUGACAGAAGUAUAAACAAAUGUAUGUUUUUAAUAUGCCCUUUGAUAUUUCAGCUGUACUGUGAGAAAUUCCCGAUUUUAGGACUAAGGGUAUAAUAAACAAUUCUGUAUA